GGGGGAAAGGCUGGAGCAGCCUUCUUUAUGCCAAUGGCCUGUGCAGUCAAUGUACUUAUUCAUUUCACCUUCUAAAGACUGACCACAUAUGAACCCUGCUCCUCACACCUUUCAAAUACACCUGAACCUAAGCGGACACAGCAGCUAAAGAUAAGUUCUCCUCCAGGACCGGAGAAAGGAUUUUUCCCUAAGUAAACUACCACAGAGCCAGUGUGCCGAGCUCUGCCUUCGGAACAGCAGCAAUGCUGACUUUACCUAUUUGGUGCGCUCUGAUCCUGCUGCUACCGUUCAUGCAUUCGGCCCCUCCUGUACAGCAAGAUGAAGUUUAUGAUUACGAUGUUUUUGAAAUGCUCGAGGGACAGCUAUUUAAGAGGGCAUUGGAGGCACAAACAAACAAGGAAAAUGGCCUUGUAAUUGGAAAGGAAAGGUUUAAAAGAGAAGAUGAAGAAGAAACCAAAGAAAUUACAGAUACCAAAGAUUUACCGACAUGCCUGGCUUGUGUUUGCAUAAGUGGAUCAGUUUACUGUGAAGAAACCGAUAGAGAAGAAGUACCUCCUUUGCCUAAAGAGACAUCCUAUGUUUAUGCGCGUUUUAACAAAAUCAAGAAAAUUACAGUGAAGGACUUCUCUGAUUACCCUACAUUAAAGAGGAUUGAUCUGACCGGCAACCUGAUCGAGGAAAUUGAGGAAAAGGCUUUUGAAAAGCUUGUUUUGCUAGAGCAACUUUCACUUGCCGAGAACAGACUAACACGGAUUCCAGCGUUGCCUACAAAGCUGAUGUCAUUCAACGCCAAUAACAACUUCAUCAAAAGCAAGGCAAUCAAGGCAAAUGCUUUCAAGAAACUGAACAACUUAGGCUACCUCUACUUGGCUCAUAAUCAGUUGGAGAGCGUACCAGCAAACCUGCCAGAGAGCUUACGGGUCCUUCAUCUUCAGUUCAACAAUAUUUCAACCAUCACAGAUGACACUUUCUGCAAAUCUAACGAUACUCGAUAUGUUCGAACCAAAAUGGAUGAGAUCAGGUUGGACGGGAACCCAGUGAUCCUGGGAAAGUAUCCAAAUAGCUUCACCUGCCUGAGAACUUUACCAAUGGGUUCCUACUUUAGAAAGUGAAGACUCUCUGUAACUAUCCCGAGCUUUUGUCUGAUUUGCAAUGCUGACCUAAAUCUUAUUACUUACAACACUAAUUAAAGAUCUAUAGCUUGUAUUAAAUCACACAUUUGUAUCUCAGUAAUGACGAGUACUGUAGCAAAGCUGAAGGAAUGAUCCCAUUUCUCGUAAUAGGGCAGAAACUUUUACUAAUGUAAUCAUGUUAAGUGUGCUAAUGACUUUUACAUCACUCUCAGCAUUAUGUAUAUUUACAAAUGAUCUCUAAUAUGCCUCUUCGUUCCAUUUACCGGACAUGUGUUUUGUUGCAAAAGCUUCCAACCACUAUAACUGUGCCUCUACCAAUGUAUACUUGUUAAUGUAACCUUUAUUUUUAUAAAGUAUAGGUGGACCUCCUUUUGCAUGUUUAUUAAAUGUAUAGUUAUUGAAAUGUUAGAAGACAAAUAUUUUGGUUGAGCCAAAAUCUUUCAGGAAAUUACAAUUCCAUGCUUUGUGUUUCAAAUAUGUAUUAACAAGUUUGUUAAAAUAAAAUGAAAUAGAACCGA